UUAGAUAUGCCUUCAGUGAUAGCAUGAAUGAGUCCUGGAAUAUUUUAAUUGUUAAAUAAAUGUUUAACUUUAACAAAUCUUGCAAUAGUAAUUUUAUGUGGUCACAUUUCUAAAUGAUGAUGCAAAAUUUAACAAUUAUCCUGUAUGUUUCGUUUAUGGUAACAGUUGUCAGCGGAUACAAAAACAAAAGUGCUGGAUAUAUGCUGUAUAAGUAUCUUAUGGUUGAUCAGGAAUACAGCCCAAAUGUUCGACCUGCAGUCAAUAACAGUAAUCCAACAACAGUUAACGUCGGUCUAAAACUUGUUAGCAUGGUAAACUUUGACGAAGUGUCCGAAACGCUGACAAUUACUGCAAAACUAAAGCUUGUUUGGACUGAUGACUAUUUAACGUGGGAUCCAAAAGAUUACAACGGUUUACAGAGUAUCAGCAUUCCUCAAUACAACAUAUGGAAGCCAGAUGUUGCCUUGGAAAACUCUGUUGAGAGUUAUCAUGACCUUGGAGGGAAAAAUAUGUACGUUGCAGUAAGAUAUGAUGGACGUGUUCAGUGGAAACCUAUAAAUGUAUUUCGGUCAAGUUGUUCUGCCGAUGUCACCAAAUAUCCUGUAGAUGUCCAAACAUGCUGUCUUGAUUUUGAAGCAUGGAGCCAUUCCAAAGGAUCAGUAAGAAUAACAAACAGUUCUGAUCAUGUGUUUCUACAUGCCGAAUAUGACGGCCAUCCACAAUGGCAAAUAACCCAAUCAUCAGCAGAAACAAGGUUUAUUGGAGAUAACUAUUAUGUUAUAUUUUGCCUUUUGCUUAAACGUCAGUCACAAUAUCUUUUGCUUAAUAUCAUACUGCCGAUAUCACUUUUGUCAUUAUUAAACAGUUGCGUGUUUUUCUUGCCAGCUUCUUGUGGAGAGAAAGCAAGUUUCUCGGUAACUGUAUUCCUCUCAUUAAGCGUCUUUCUUACAAUUGUCAGUGAACAAUUACCACAUACAUCGGACAACGUCUCCAUAUUUAAUUUAUACGUUUUCAUUCAGCUAAUUAUUAGCACGAUCGUUACUAUGACAGCGUUGAUUCAAAUCCGUCUGUUUCAUAGAGACGACACACGAAAAGUUCCUGACUGGCUCAGAAAAUUCUUAAAAUCUAUCGGUUUGCUUGGAAAACAAACGUCAGAUCGUACAAGAAAAGACGCCGAAGAAAGUGAAACAAACAAUAUUGAUCAAACGUCGAAAGUAACGAAGGAAAACUUCCCAGAAAAUGACCAAAAUGUUACUUGGAAGCGUAUUGCUGAAUGCAUGGAUCCAUUGUUGUUUGUUGGAUAUUCUUGCCUUAACAUUGUUUGCACUUUAGUUCUUGCUUUUUGCAUUGUUAAUGCUUGA